AUGUCCGUCACCAUCAUCUCUUACCACUCACAUUGCUUUUCAGCCAAUUAGAGUCGAUACCGAAUCUUAGAACGAAUCUCUUCAACCAUCAUGCCUAUUGCGCUUUCGUGGCUCUUGCCAGCGUUGAUGCUGGCUAAUAGCAACUUGGUCCGAUCUGCCCCGGUUGAGAAUGCCGUCGCCGGCUCUUGGGCGGGCAGCAACCUUUACACCCUCCAUGCGCUUCCCGCGGCCGACCAGAAGACUUACAUUGAAACCUUGGCGGGAAGAGGCGCUAAAGUCCUUCGACUUUGGGUUGUCGGAUCCGACGGUGGAUGCGUCAAAGGCAGCCCCGACGUCCAAAAGGUCGCUGAUCUAGAAACUACUGUCGGAACAUAUGAUACAUCAGUGCUAGACGCACUCGACAACACGCUCAAAAUCAUGGCAGACAACGGGAUGAAAGCCAUCAUCUCGCCUCACAACGCGAAUUCCAUUGCCGGGUUCGCUACCUGCGAUGCUUAUUGCACUAAGUUCGGGACCGGAACGAACUUCUAUACUUCGAAUGAAGCAAAGUCAGCCUACGAUGCCCGCUUGAAGACGAUCAUCAGCUACAACUCGCCAAACUUUGGAAAGGCCUGGGGCGAGCUUUUCGACGUGAUCCUGGCGUUUGACCUACAGAACGAGCCUAUGAUCGGGGCGAUAGAUUACCUGAACGGAAACGACGAGAGCGACUGGCUGUGUGGAAGGGCUGGGAACCUCAAGGCCCUCCUCAACGGAUCAGGAGUCAAGAUUGCCACGGGUGGAAUAGGUGGAUCCCAGUACGAUGGCCACGAGUUCAACUUGCUUGACAAGGCCAUACGAUGCAGUGCCAUCGAUAUCAUGAGCGUCCAUGGAUACAUGGGCACGGCGGCUAACUGGGCGUACUUCGUUGGGGGUGACAAAGACGUGAUAUCGGCCGCGAAGAAUGCUAAUAAGCAUGUCAUGAUUGAGGAGUGGGGUGUGGAUUCGAAAUCUACGGACGACUUCGACAAGCAGGCUCAAGUCUUCAAUAAAGCUGGUAUUCCAUGGUUGUAUUGGCAGGUGAUUCCGGGAAAAGAUGAGACCGAAUCGGGGCACCAGGAGAACUGUGGUUAUGAUGGGUACGAGAUUGGACUCGCUAGCUCCAAAGGCGACGUUGCAGGAGCAAUCAAGAAUGCUAACGCGGCGACUGCCGCCCAAGACUGGACUGGCUUCCUUUAGAAUAGAGGUCAGGCAAAUUUUGCCGGCGGGACAAUCUACGAUGACUAUGCGGGAUGUUGUCAGCUGAGCAUCAUGAAAGAGGAAUCUGUUAAUAUCGCAAAAUUCUCUUCUCUUAUUCCUUGUAUUUUGCUCUUUUUCUUCUCUUUUGCUCAUGCCUCUUCAUGUAGAUACUUAGAAGCAGGUAGCCGCGCGGUUGCAGCCGUGAGGGUUGCUAGCCUUGUCUAAUGAGGAACGCGCUCCAGAACAGCGCAGAUUGUGACACGCC